CAAGGGAUGUCUUGUUUUAUCGAUGACUUCCAAAAGCAUAACGCCACUCUUUUUCCUAAAAUGUCCCCUUUCAAAGUUUUCAAUUUAGUUUUGAUUUCAGGAACAGUGUUAUAUUUUCUUCUUUAUGUUCUUAUGAUCGGGCAUUUACCGCAUGUGCCAGUGGUGAAAAUUUAUUUUGAAGAGGAACCGUCAGAAGGUGAUUUAGCUUAUUUUCCAAGGGAUUUUACACACGAAACGUCGUUGAAUUUUGGAGCUGGAAUAAUGAAAGAUGACGGAUUGAAUUCUUCUUCGACGCCAGAACUUUCGGUGAACGAUGAGAGAGCGUCUGAAGAAUUAACAGGCGAAAAGGAAAAUUCUGCGAAGAGAAGUAGCCUUCUUUCGUUUCUUGAAGGACUAGGGGUUCCUAUAAACAAGGCCCGUAUUUUAAUGGCAAGCGAUAUUUCAAACAACGUUCUUCCACGAGUGAAUCCAAACGGAUUUUCUUUGGCAAAAUUGAUGGAGAAAAUGGACAAAGAAUUUAACCUGGAGAGUGGUACACCGUGUCCCACCAGUCACCUAAAUUCAGGUAAGUUCAAAGAAUAUAGGAAUAAAAAAAUAAUUGAAGGAAGACUGAAAACGAUCCGGUUUUCAACGGGAUUUGAACCCAUGACCCAUUGUAUCAUCCGUAGAUCAAAGCAUAUAUCCUUUUUUUUUAUUUAAUCACGUUCAAAGAACCUUCUUACUUAGUCUCUCAUCGUCAGAGAAGAACUAUGCCCCUGAAAUCGAAUAAUUGUAAUCACCGCUACUAGAAAGUAUGAAUAGAAUUAUGUUACAAACAGACUAUGUUUAGAAAUUCAACAGUGUAACAUGACCGCUUGAAUUUUAACUUUUAAAGAUUAAAGAAAAGAUUAAAGAUUUUAAAGAUAUUUAAAGAUUUAAAGAAUUUUAAAGAUUCGACCACAGGCACUGCUAUAUUGAGUACAGCUUAGCAGCCAGGCCAGUAACCUGCGACGCAACAAAGAACCUCUCUGCUUUUUUCAACCUCUUGAGCGACGGUUUUAACAAAAUGUCACAGGUUUUAUCUUUCUCUUAGUUUUAACACCUAGAAAUUGCAUGUUAAGGAAACUUUGACUUGGUUGAUAACUUUUCUGCCAUUUCAUAGUGAAGCGGCUAGGUUUUAAUGAAAAGUCUUAAAUCGUAUCGCGGCUUCGAUGAUUGAGUAUUUAGCACAUUUGAAAACAAUUUUUCACUAAUAAUGCUGCUAUUUUGAAAAUAUAAAAGCGCGGAAAGUAGCAACUAUUCGUGUAGCUUUUUGAUCGCGUAAAUAGAAUAAUGUGGUUUAUGAAGCAAACUGUAUUGUCUAUUUCUUUAUUAUCCACCUUGAGCACUCACGCAAACGAGGAAGGGAAAAUCCCCUGCGGGAGGGGGGAGAAGAGAAAUCGCCAUAGAAUAUCAUUUCCACGGGGACAAUUGCAAAUAUCUAUUGAGUCCACAUUUUUUAUCGUUAUUUUUGGAAAAUAAUUCUUUUUUCAGUUGGUUUGCUGGCGGUUUACAACAAUGCACUGAAGCUCGAGGACGUCGAACGUGAGUUAGAAUUUGUGCAGAACGGUGGACAAUGGAAACCUGACUGUAUACCAAGAAAAAAGGUUAUAACAAGAUUAUAUUACAUACGAAGCGAAAAAUAGGAACAAAUGAGUGAGUGAGUCAAUGAACAAAUGAACAAAUGAACAAAUGAGCGAAUGAAAGAAUGAAAGAAUAAGCGAAUGAACGAAUGAAAGAAUGAAAGAAAGAACGAAUGAGCGAAUGAACGAAUGAACAAAUGAAAGGGUGAACGAAGGAACAAAUUGACGUAUGAACGAGUGAACGAAUAAACGAAUGAAAGAAUGAAAGGAUGAACGAAUGAGCGAAUGAACGAAUGAACGAAUGAGCGAAGGAGCGAAUGAACGAAUGAACGAAUGAACGAAUGAACGAAUGAACGAAUGAACGAAUGAACGAAUGAACGAAUGAACGAAUGAACGAAUGAACGAAUGAACGAAUGAACGAAUGAACGAAUGAACGAAUGAACGAAUGAACGAAUGAACGAAUGAACGAAUGAACGAAUGAACGAAUGAGCGAAUGAAUGAACGAAUGAACGAAUGAACGAAUGAACGAAUGAACGAAUGAACAAAUUGACGUAUGGACGAAUGAACGAAUGCAAGUAUAAACGAAUGAACGAAUGAACGAAUGAACGAAUGAACGAAUGAACGAAUGAACGAAUGAACGAAUGAACGAAUGAACGAAUGAACGAAUGAACGAAUGAACGAAUGAACGAAUGAACGAAUGAACGAAUGAACGAAUGAACGAAUGAACGAAUGAACGAAUGAACGAAGAAUGAACGAUUGAAAUAAUGUGGUUUCUGAAGAUCUAACGAUAGAGAAAUACCAUCGCAGUUCAUUGGGGUAAGAUGAAACUACUUUAAUUCUACAUUUCUCUCAUUUUUCAGGUAGCCAUAGUUGUUCCCUUCAGGGACAGACAAGAACACCUUAACAUAUUCGUAAGACACAUGCACAAGUAUCUCCGAUGGCAAAUGUUAGAGUACAGAAUCUUCAUUAUAGAACAGGUAAAACAGGGGGAUAGGCCUCUCCCGACUGUACACGUAAGUCGGACAGAUACAUUGUAACAGGUGACUCAUGUUUAGUCUCCCUCGCAAAAGUUGUUUGUUUCGUCAAACGACGAAACCCCCCCCCACUCCAAGUCCUCGUAAAGCUAGGAAUAAGCAAAAUAAACAAAGAAGUUUCUAGUUUUUAUCUUUUUUUUCAUGCAAAACUUAAACUUUGACUUAGCUGAGAACUAACAUGCGUUUAUUUUCCAGGCCGACAACGAGCGUUUUAAUCGUGGAAUGCUAAUGAACGUUGGGUUCAAUGAAGCAAUGAAGGCGGAUAACUUCACUUGUGUAAUAUUUCACGAUGUGGAUCUGAUCCCAGAGGAUGCCAGAAAUGACUACAGCUGUCCCUCAUCUCCACGUCAUAUGUCCACUGCUGUGAGCCGCCAUGACUACAUGUUAGUAUUCAUGACAGAAGGGUUUUUUGUUCAGCUUUGAGGUUUUUGUUGUUAAUAGCCUUAUAGCUGAUCCUUUGCAGUACCCUAAUAAGAGUGAUACCACAGCAAAUCAGAUUUAAAAUAAUCAUCCCGAGGAGCCAAUGAUAAAUCAAGGUAAAUGAAAUGUGUAUAUGAAAGCGCGGGAAAUAUGACUAUCUCAUUGGUAAUUGAAUGGAGUGAUAUUUCUUGACCAAUCACAUGGUCGAAAGGUAAAACUAAGAUCCAAGGCCACGCUUUAGACCGAUACGAAACUAAAGCAGGGUGCGUCAUUCGGGUUUUCGGAUUUGAGAAUCAGCUGUUUUGGAAGUUUUGAGAUUUCUGAAUUAAGUUUUGUCCAAGGUUGAAAUCUGUUUCCUUUUGCCAACACAGAUUAAAGUACAAGACUUUGUUUGGUGGUGUUGAAGGUUUUUGGGUCGAGCAUUACCGCCGUAUCAAUGGAUUUCCAAAUCGCUUCUGGGGUUGGGGAGGAGAAGAUGAUGAUUUGUAUGUCAGGUUCGUAAAAAGGAAAAAAUUUUAUUCAAACAACACAUUGUUAUAUUAAAGUUCAUCAGCUCCGCCCACGCUCCUUUUAAUCGUAAUGAUGGCGGCUUACUACCUGACGCCUAUUUACACCUCGUCAGAAAAAAGGACAGCUAAUUUGUGGGCGUAUAAAAGGACCUGUCGUGACAGCGAUCAGAUCACUCCUGAUGAAGGCACUAGACAGGGAUAUCGAAACCUUGGGUCUAUGAAUUGUAACUUUUCGGUUACAUUCAUCAAAUCUUUAAACCAGAGUAGCGUCAAACCAUGUGUGAACACGUUGUUGCUAUACAAGCUAAUCAGGUUUACGGCUAGUGACGUCACCACCAUUUUUUACUCUACGUUAUGUCUAGUAUUGCAAGAGUGGUAGAAAUAUCAAACUCAAGCACACUGUACCACCUUGGAUUUAAAAUUUUUAAACUUGCUUCAAUGUUCAUGUUUCCUAUUAAGAAUCACAGAAAGGCGCCUGAGUCUCACUCGACCGGCUCAUAUGAUUGGUCGAUACACCAUGCUCAGUCAUUCACACACAGAAGGAGACGAAAAUCCUGAAAGGUAGGAAUAAAUACACCAUAUCACGGUUUAACAUGUAAUAUGUACAGAUAUUUUGCGAGUUACGUGGUAUUUUCCGAUCGAGCCAUGAGCAAAAUGUCCGUUCGUAUUUUAUGUUAAACCAUUGAAUAAGGGAUUUAUUGAUGUACUAUUAUUUCGUUUUCAAGUAUUUUGGCUUCUAGUUCGAAAUACAUCCUUCGGUCUUACUGAGCAUAGAUCGAAAUUUAGCGAAAGACGAGAACAACACAACCGAAACCAUUGGAGUGUUUUUUUUGACUAACAUGAGCUCAGCUUUCCGUCGCUAUUUUCCCCUGUUCUACGGUGUAAUACAGUGACAUAUUUGCGCGCGUUCUGAUGCUCCCAUGUGGUAAAAUGGCGUAGUAGUGGAAUGAAAAAAUGUGUUGGUAACCGCUUAUAAACUUCGCUCUCGAAAUCUCAAAACUUAGGGGUAUCUCGACUGCUUGUUGCAAAACAAAAUCGAAAUAACUACAACAGCCAAUCAGAACACAGGAAUAAUUCUUACAAGGAGCCAUGGAGAACCUUAACCCUUUAAAUCCCAAAGUCUGAUUGUUAAUUCUCCCCUCUAGCUGCGGCACAUUUCCUUUUAAUUUAGUUACAAGAAUUUGGUGUUAGAUCAAGAGAACAACCUCCACCUGAUAAUUUUGGGUAUUCUCAUUAGCUAUUUGUUGUAUAAUAUAUGGAUAUUAUAGGGAGAAGUUACAUGCCAAUCACCUCUGAGAGCUAAAGGGUUAAGAGAGACUAUGAUGCCUGAAGCGCGGAAAUGCGAGAGGCCAAUCAUGGUAUUUCGAAGUUAUUUUUCUUUGGAAUAAUAAUAGACCCAACUAGGCCUAAUCCCAAAUUCCUUUAACCACUUAAAUGAAAAUUGAAACUGCUCUAUCCAAACUAAUUUUGAAAUAAAGGAUUGGAAAUCAUAAACAAGAAUUUGAAAUUUGAACUUCACUUCGAGAUUGUUAUUUAUCUUUUUUUAACAGGCAUGAGGAACUUCGUAGAAGUGAGGUGCUUAUCGAUACGGACGGAUUAAACACGCUCGCAUACACUGUGAUAGAAUUCCAGGAAAAGUUGUUGUACACUCUGAUAUCUGUAUCACUCCAAUAGGGUAGAACGAAAUGGAAACAGUCGACGACGUACCAUGCUAAGCCAGCGAUUGUACCUCUUGUGGUCGCUUAGCAACAUGAAUGAUCCAUCCUUAAAAGACAGGUGUCCUGGCAUGUCUUCAUUUAACAUCGAGAGAGUUCGCUGUUCUGUUAUCUUCCUCAACAGCUAAGACCGAUAAUUGCCUCCACGUUGUGGUGGUAUUAAAUACAGAAAGUGAGUGACACUUUUUUCGAAGUUAUGCAGCCGCUGAAAGGAUUUUUGAGAAGGAGCGUGGGUUCAGCUAUUUUCAAAUGGUCAUAACUCGCGUCUCAUAAGACAACACAAUAGUUUUGUCAUCGUUUUUCUUUCUUUUUCGCGUCUGUUCUUUGUUAGCGAG